CUUAGCUCACAAUAUAAAGUGCAAUUCCAGCUUCCUCCGCCCGAAUAUCCCUAGCAGCUUGCCUCUAUUCCGCUCAGUGUAUAGCUAAGCUGCUCUUUUUAUACAGCUGAUCCUGACCUCUGCGUGGUGCUGAUUUCACACACACAUACAAAACGCUCAGCAUUAUUCCAAGCUGCCUCGGCUUAACCUCCUGCUUCCCGAACUGCAGAAAUCAACUCAAUUGUCUGCUGCACUUCCAAAAUGGGAACAUUUUGCACCCAAUCAGGGGCUCGAGGAGGCCAGCCAAUCAGCUGCCCGGUUACAUACUGAAUCCUGGUUUGCAUCUCAAGGUUUCCUUGGCUGGCAGUCAGUCAUGUUAGGAGGCUGUGUUUCACGUUCCUCUUGACUGUAUGUCUUUGCACGGAUGCAUGCCUAGAAGAUGGUAAUUGCACAGAAAGCUGAGCCAGGAAUGGAAAGAAGGGGCUGAGCCCUUGAAAAAUAAAAGCUUUCUUUUUUUUCUUUUUCUUCCUUUUUUUUUUCACUCUCGCUCUCUCUCUCUCUCACGUAACCUGGCAACACAGAAUCAGCAAAGCCACACAGUACUCCUUUUCCUGCAUCUUGUCACCUCUAGCCGCUGCUGCAGGCGAAUCGCAGAUCAAGGUGCCCAGGCUGCAUCCAUCAGACGUGACAAAUGCAUUUCAAUUAGCCUCCGCCAACCGUUCCCCAGGCCACAAAUGAGCCUUUAAAAGUUCAUCAGUCGUCUUUUCCGCUUCUAACGAGGCUGGGAUGUCGUUUUGCGUGCUUUCAUGCAGAAUCGAGUCCGGGAGGUUCGGCGCGGAUUCACGAGCGGCUCCUCUUUCCGUAGCGUGACAGGCGGAAUCCCAUUAAGGACAUGAGAAGAUUUAUCUAUUGCAAAGUGGUCCUGGCCACGUCGCUAGUGUGGGUGCUCGUGGACGUCUUUCUGCUCCUCUACUUCAGCGAAUGUAACAAAUGCGACGACAGGAAGGACAGAUCCCUGCUGCCUGCGCUGAGGGCUGUGAUUUCAAGAAACCAAGAAGGGCCGGGAGAGUUGGGAAAAGCUGUGCUAAUUCCCAAAGAUGAUCAAGAGAAAAUGAAAGAACUGUUCAAAAUCAACCAGUUUAACCUCAUGGCUAGUGAUCUGAUCGCAUUAAACAGAAGCCUGCCAGAUGUGAGAUUGGAGGGAUGUAAGACGAAGGUCUAUCCUGAUGAACUCCCGAACACAAGCAUAGUAAUAGUAUUUCAUAAUGAAGCCUGGAGCACACUACUACGGACAGUCCACAGCGUCAUCAACCGAUCUCCCCACCAUCUUUUAUCGGAAGUUAUUUUGGUGGAUGAUGCAAGUGAAAGAGAUUUCCUAAAAGCUCCACUGGAAAACUAUGCCCGACAUCUGGAGGUUCCAGUGAAAAUUCUGAGGAUGGAACAAAGGUCAGGGCUGAUCCGGGCACGCCUUAGAGGUGCCAACAUUGCAAGGGGUCAAGUGAUAACCUUUUUGGAUGCACACUGUGAAUGUACAGUUGGAUGGUUGGAGCCAUUGCUGGCAAGAAUAAGGGAAGACAGGAAAACAGUGGUUUGUCCAAUAAUCGAUGUAAUAAGUGACGACACGUUUGAGUACAUGGCCGGUUCAGACAUGACUUACGGUGGAUUUAAUUGGAAAUUGAAUUUUCGCUGGUAUCCUGUUCCCCAGAGAGAAAUGGACAGAAGGAAAGGAGACAGAACAUUACCAGUAAGAACACCUACAAUGGCAGGAGGCCUUUUCUCCAUUGACAAGAACUAUUUUGAAGAGCUUGGCACGUAUGAUUCAGGAAUGGAUAUCUGGGGUGGAGAGAAUUUGGAGAUGUCUUUCAGAAUCUGGCAGUGUGGCGGUUCGCUUGAAAUUGUGACAUGUUCGCACGUGGGACACGUAUUCCGAAAAGCCACUCCCUACACCUUCCCUGGCGGUACAGGUCACGUGAUCAAUAAAAACAACAGAAGAUUAGCGGAAGUCUGGAUGGAUGAAUUCAAAGAUUUCUUCUAUAUUAUAUCACCAGGUGUUGUCAAGGUUGAUUACGGUGACGUUUCAGAGAGGAAGGCUCUUCGAGAAAAACUGAAGUGUCAUCCAUUUUCCUGGUACCUUGAAUCAAUCUAUCCGGACUCCCAGAUUCCGAGGCGAUAUUUUUCACUUGGUGAGAUCAGAAAUGUGGAAACCAAUCAAUGUCUAGAUAACAUGGGCCGUAAAGAGAAUGAAAAAGUCGGCAUAUUCAAUUGCCAUGGCAUGGGAGGAAACCAGGUGUUUUCGUACACAGCCGAUAAGGAAAUUCGCACCGACGAUUUAUGUUUGGACGUGUCCAGGCUGAAUGGUCCAAUUAUCAUGCUUAAGUGCCAUCACAUGAGGGGCAACCAGCUAUGGGAGUAUGAUGCUGAGUAUGCAGGUAAAUGGGAGUAUAAUUUUGAGCAUUUUUUCCUGAGACAUAUCAACAGCAACCAGUGCUUGGAUGAACCAUCAGAAGAGGACAAAAUGGUCCCAACAAUGAAAGAGUGCAACGGAAGCCGAUCCCAACAGUGGCUUCUGCGUAACAUGACCUUAAACUCCUAAACCUCCGCGAUGGUUAUCCAAGCGGCCCCCAACAUUUUGCAGAGUCUACAGACCUUAAUUAUCAACUCAACGAACACUUGAAUGGAAUAUAACACCUUCCAGACUCUCAGUGACGUGAAAUAAUUGAAAACCUCUUUGAAUUCAGCUGGGAGGACAGAAAUAGAACUUUUUCAAAUUUUUCUUCCACGAACAAUACAUGACUGUACAGGCCCGACUGCGAACUGUGCCAGUUUACAGGAGAACAAAGAGGAAGAGCGGAAGCUGUACAUAAUCAUCCUGUCCUGAAAACAACUAUAUUUGUCACAGAUAAACUUACGUGAAAAAAAAGGAUUGGAUAAAAAAA